UCCCUCACUCCCACUCACUCCCCCUCUCUCCACCUUCCCAGUCCCUGAUUGGUUUGCAACCUGUGUGCCACCGACAGGCAAAUCUGUGAUACGGAGAUAUCGAGAAAGACAGAAGAGAAUGGGGAUAGGGGAAAGGAGACUAAGGCAAGCAUAGGAGUUCUAAAGAAUGAGCAGUACAGCAGCAGCAACUGAGAGAAGAGAAUACCUUUAGCCAUGAGACAGAUCCAACAUCCAUUGCUGCAAGGAGCACCUGUCCCUGCCUACCUGUGAGCUGUAACUGAGUCCAGUACUGACAUGCAUGUGCUGACACACCUGUGCAUAACUGUGCUUAAGCAGAAACGAAGCUAAUACAGAGAUACAUUAGCUGAAAAGAAUAACAAUAAGGCCCUCCAGAGAGUAAAAGACAUUUAAAAAGAAAACCAAAGUCAUCACGCUGAUACAUGCUGAAAAAAGAAAUUUUAACAAGAAUGCUGACAACUAUUUAAUGAGAAAACAAGGAGAGGUAAAGAAGUAUAAAAGGAUACAGAUACCUCUUGCAGCUCACAGUACACAGCUCCGGCUUGCCUGCUAUCUGUAGCCAUUAUUUGAAAUCAAGGCUAAAUCCUUUCCAAAGGAUACUGUGUUCUACUUUAUGAAAAUACACGCCACAAAAAGAAAAACGCUGAUACCAGAGAAUCUUCAUUUUAAAACACUGAUUUGUGAACUGUGGAAUAGCCUACAACAUGUAAAGCCUAAAGCGAAUAUAAUAUGAAUUCAGUGAGGAAGCAUGAAAUUGUUUGCUUAUGAGAAAGCAAAUAUACAGAAGAAUAGUUUCUGAAAUAAAGAGGCAUCAUUAGUUGUUUAGUUUAACCCAAGAAUGACACCAACCUUUCCAACUACCCUGCUUGAGAGCUCCUACAUUGAGUUAAAUGCAACUCUUAAUACCAAUAUUUCAUUUAAUCAGAAUGGGACCUCUCCUGGACUCCUGAUUCCUCUUGUCUAUCUAGUUGUAUGUGCAGUAGGGUUAUGGGGAAAUACAUUGGUUAUAUACUUGGCAUGGCGCAGUCCUGCUGGCCAGAACUCAGUAACUGCCCUCUAUAUCCUUAAUCUGGCACUGGCUGAUGACCUUUUCAUGUUGGGUCUUCCCUUUCUUGCAGCCCAAAAUGCCCUAUCCUACUGGCCCUUCGGUUCACCUGCAUGCCGCCUUGUAAUGACUCUAGAUGCAGUUAACCAGUUCACCAGUAUCUUUUGCUUGACCGUUCUGAGUUUUGAUAGAUAUUUAGCUGUAGUGCGUCCAAUGCAGUCAGCCAAGUGGAGAAAACCUAAGGUGGCAAAAUGUGUCAAUGUAACUGUGUGGAUCCUAUCAUUUCUAGUUGUCCUCCCUGUUGUCUUCUUUUCUGGUGUGCCAGGGAAUACUGGGACUUGUCACAUAGCGUGGCCAGAACCUGCACACAUCUGGAGAACUGGUUUCAUUCUGUACACUGCUGCCCUUGGCUUUUUUUGCCCCCUACUUGUUAUAUGCAUUUGCCACUUACUAAUAGUGGCCCAAGUACGGUCUUCUGGAAAGCGUGUUAGAGUAGCCCCAAAUCGUAGACAGGGGCCUGAACGAAAGGUAACCAAGAUGGUGGCUCUAACAGUCACUGCAUUUGUCCUGUGCUGGUUUCCCUUUUAUGUACUGAACAUUAUCAAUCUUUUGUGGCCCCUGCCAGAAAGUCCUAAGCUUUAUGGGCUAUACUCAUUUGUGGUAGCCCUUUCUUAUGCAAACAGCUGUCUCAAUCCAAUUAUUUAUGCUCUCCUAGCUCGACCUUUCCAGCGAGGCUUACGAAGAGUCCUCUGCAGGACCUCUGUCCGCGUGGCUGACGGCACAUUAAAAGGAGGAGAUAAUGAGGUACAAGAAGAACUUAGCAGGGUGAAUGGUAUAUCCCAAGAAGGGAGAAGUGUCAGAACAGAUGGUGGAGAAGGAAAUAGUUUAAAAGCUAUAAGUCAGAAUCAAGUCCAACAAGAAGUAAGCACAUCUGCACAAAAAUCUCUACCAGAGGAUCUGGGGGCCAGUGAGAAAGAUAGCAUGCUAAGGAUCAGCUAUUUGUGACACCAAGAGAAAAUGGUCUUCUUAGAUCAUUAAGGACCAUUGUGGCCCAUCUUGAAACAGUGACUCUCUAUUUCUCAUACCUUUUCUUAAAUGCUACUACUGAUUGUGCUUAUUAGCUUUAUGUAAUGCCAAACUGGACCAUGGUCCUCAUAGCUUUGGUAUAUGAAUAGUCCACGAUAAAUAGAGAACAAUGGAACAAUGAAGGAAA